GGGGCAACGCCAAGCAGAGGCCUUCGCUACCCGCUCGCCAUGGCUGGUCCUGCCGCCGCCGCCGCCGCCAUCCGGAUCGGGGACCAGCUCAUCUUGGAGGAAGACUACGACGAGACCUACAUCCCCAGCGAGCAAGAGAUCUUGGAGUUCGCGCGGAUGAUCGGGAUCGAGCCGGCCCACGAGCCGGAGCUGAUGUGGCUGGCGCGGGAAGGCAUCGUGGCGCCUCUGCCGGCCGAGUGGAAGCCCUGUCAGGACAUCACUGGUGACAUCUAUUAUUUCAACUUUGCCAAUGGUCAGUCAACAUGGGAUCACCCGUGUGAUGAACAUUACCGGCAGCUUGUGGUCCAGGAGAGAGAGAAGCUUCUGGGACAAGGAGGAGGUGUCAAGAAGAAAGAGUACAAGAAGAAGAAGAAGGAGAAGAAAGAUAAAAAGGAAAAGAGAGAGAGAGACCAGUUGAAACGUGCAGUUUCUCCAGGCUCUGUACUCACUCCUGUUCACCCCCCCUUGGGUGGAAGCCUGGCUCCUUUACGUGGCUCUACAGAUGCUCCUUUUGGUGUAGUCUGUGACCUGCUAAAUUCCAGUGGGAGAAGCUCAGGGGGGCCCAGGGCCCAGGGCCCAGCAACUACAGUGCUCUCCCAGGCCCUCAAGUCUGCCAGCUUAAGGAAUGGAUCCAGUGAAGAAGCAGCAGCAUCGUUAAUGCAGCUGACCCUUGAUGGGACAGAAAAGGAAGAAGAUGGCAGUGAGUGUCCCCGUGGGGAAGCCGGACUUCUCAAGAACCUGCAUGUGGAUGUUAGUGCCCUGGGCACCACCUUGGACAAUGAGGAGGUUUCUAAAGGCAGUAGCCCUGUAAACGAAUGGCAGGUGUCAGACCACUUGGACCCUGAGCCAAACGAUGUGGAGAUUCCAGACUUUGAGAACGUCUUAGAUAAGGGUGUAUGUCCUGAAGCCCUGGGCAGUACAGAGUUUGGGGUGAGCAGAGCAGCUGCUGAAAGUACUUGGAAAGAGAAGGCAGACGGAUCACUGGCACAGGAGAAAGACCAAAGCGGAGAGGAGCAAAGCCUGGCGAGCAGAGGAGAGGCAGAGGCCGAUAAGCGUGAGAGGAGUGGAAACUGUUCCAGUGCCAAAGAAAGGGUUGACGAGCAGCGUUCCAGUGUGGAGAAGAUGGGCUUGGCAGAUGCUGGUGCCCUGGAGGAGGAGGAGGGGAGAACUGUGAAUGGACUGAAGGACACCAAGGAGCCUGACGCACCUUGCCAGGGGGCGUUUGGGGCUGCAGUUAGGCAAACAGAGCCUUCUAAGCAGCAUUCGGGGGACUCCCUGGAGGAAAUAUCCAAGGAAGAACAGAAUUCACUGGAGCCAUUAAAAAUGCACCCGUGGCAAGAAGAAGAAGAAGAAGAGGCUCAAGUCCAGCGCUUCCGGCAAGAGGAGGCGAUGCAGCUGCUCCGCCAGCAAAAAGAGGCUGCCCUCUGGUCACUGAAAACAGAGUUGGAGAAGACCAGGCAAGAGGAGGAGCUCCGCUUGAGGGAGGUCUUGCAAGACAGACUCCUGAAACUCCAGAUCGAGAGUCAGUCUGAACUGGAAGCAGAGAAGGAGAGACUCAGAUUAGAGCAGGAAGCUGCAAUGCACAAGCUCCAAGAGGAUCUGGAAUCAUUGCAACAAUCAGAAAAGGCAAGGCUUCAGGAACAGAAGCAGCUUGUUCUGGAGAGAAUGAAGAUGGAAGCAGAAGCGAUUCAGCAGGCAGAACUGAAGAAGCUGGAGCAAGAGAACAUGAGAGCCUUGGGAGAGAUGAAGGAGAGACUGCAGAGGGAAAAGGAAAUGGCUGUGGAGGAGCUAGAGGAGCAGUUUGCGGCUGAGCUGCAGCACCAGCAGAAUGUAGCGCGAGCCGAGCACCUCAAGGUUGUCUCAGGCCUCCAGUCGCAGGUCGCAGAGGACCCCAGAAGGCAGGAAGCUGAGCUGCGGGAGGAUGCAAGUGCAGAGCAGAAAGCCCAGCAGAAGAGUCACCAAGUAGCUGAAUACAAGCAAGAGCUUGGCUGCCUCCUGGAGGAACAGCGGCAGGAGAUGGAGCAGGACCACUCCAGGAGGGUGGAGAGGAUGCGGAAGGCACACCAGGAGGCCCUGGCCAGGAUCCAGCAGCAAUAUGAGGACGAGGAGAGGAAGCAGCGGGCAGAGCGGGUGGCAGCUUGGAGAAGUGAGCAGCAUCGCCUGGAGGAGCUCCAUGAGGCAGAGCUCCAGGCCUUGUGGAAGAAGCAGGCCAUGCAGCUGAAGGACUUGCAGAAGAGCCACCAGCAGCAGGAAGAGAUCUUGAGGAAGAAAAAGCAGGAAGCGCUCGAUGAAGGGAAGAAAGUGGAGCAAGAGAUAAGAGAAGCAACUUUGGCAGCCCAGCUACGGAUUGCUGAGUCCCAAGGAGAGCAGGAGGCUCUCUCAGAGCUGAUCCAGCAGCUGCGCAAGGCAGUGCUCGAGCUCCAGGCCCAGAAAGCAGAGCUGGAGUCACAGGUGGAACUGCUGCACUUACGGAGUCAGUGCCUGCAAAAGCAGAUCAGUGAGCUGGAGGCUGCAAGCAGGAGCAAGCAAGAGCUGCUGGAGAAGCUGGAAGGGCAAAGCAAUGAGUCAUCCCCAAGGAAAACGGACGAAGCCCUCCGAGUGGAAGACCUGGGAGAGAGCGGUCCAGCGCCCUCCUCCAGAGAGAUGGGAUCUGAAACUAACCAGAGCCAUGAAGAAAGCAGCCUCGUUCCGGAUCAGGUUCGUCAUUAUAUUGCUGCUGAGGGAGCUUCUAUCAAGAAUACGAGGGAGUUCUUGGUGCACCAGACCCGCUCCAUGAGGAAAAGGCAAAGUACCCUGAGAUCUGUCAAGCAGCACUGGAGCCACGACCUGCAAAGGGCACAGGAAGCCGUGCCAGACCCAGACCAGUCCCAGGUGUUGGAGGGGGUGUACAGGAGCCUGGAGGAGGAAUCAAGGCAGCUGGAUGCCAUGAGUUCUGCCAUGAGGAGAGGCCAGGCUCUGGUGAAGAAGAAAGAGGAGACACUCAGUCAGUUGGAGGCGUCCUUGCUGGAAGAGCUCUCGGAGGAAGAUACGCUGAAGGGGACUGCGUGCAAGAAGAUAGUGACCUUUGACCUCAGCGACUUGGAAGACUCAGGUGGCAGGGCAAACCCAGAAGAGUUUCCCCACACAAUAGUUGGCUUGAAACCAGACUUGCCGUUUCCUCAGAGUGACAAGAUCCAGUACCUGACGGAGUCCCUGCAGCGCAUCACCAGUGACCUGACCGGUGUCCUCGCCUUCCUGGGUACCUUCAGCCACCAGCAGCCACCUCGCUUCACUUCCACCCAGGGAGCAGUGGCCCCCCUGCCCAAGGAGGGCAUGCCUCUGGCUGCUUACCUCUCUCUGGCACGCACCCAUCCCGCCUCCCCCUUGGUGUGUUCGGCUGAUCAGGGGCCCUGGAGUUCCGGCUUGGGUUUCCGGGGGCUGGCAGCAUCCUCUGGCAGCCAGGCCGUGGAUAGCAUGUUGGCAGAGAAGUGGCGCAAGUAUUUCCCAGGUGGCUUCCCGUUGCCCUUCAGAAGUUCUGGCUCUUUGGAUGGCAAGCUGGGAUGUGCAGCGGCCAGGGAGCAAGUUUGCCUGUUCCAGCAGUGCCGUUUCCAGGCCCACGAGACGGAAAUGCCAAAUAUCCAGGGCAUGAUUGAAGCCAACAAGAAAUGGCUGGAAAGCUUCAAGCAUGAUUCCAAAAUUCCUCUCUUGCCGAGCUCACCAAAGAAGGCAGCGAGACCUGCUGGCCCCCCCAUGCACCUUGGCUUGGAUGACAGCAAUCAGAUCCAGGUCUUCCACUUCUGAACCAUGG